GCUCCUGUGCAGCAUCCAGAGCCUCGCAGGUGCCACUCGCUUCCAGGUCCAGGAACCGCGAGCUUGCAGCAUAGCAGCGUUGCUCAGCACGCGCUAGAACGAUGCGGUCGCUGCGGUUGCCAGAGGCUUGCUCCACUAGGGCACAAAGAGAGAGGCGACCGCGACAGGCCGGUCAGUCAGCUGGCACGCGUCGGCAGAUGGUGGCGGAGGGCGCGCCGAGGCACGUGCCUAAUAAUAUGUGACGUAGCCCGCGAUCUGCCCACGCUCCGGAGAGGGAGGUGGGGGGAAGCCUUGCAAGGCACGAACCGUCGGGACAGGCUAAUCGCACUAGUACUAACUUAAUGGUGGGAGAAUCCCUCGCUGUGUGAUGCGCCACCGUAAUUAUUACUCCUCCUUGCCAGCGGUCGCGAUAGCGUGCAGACGCGAAGGUGCGGGGCUGCCGUGGGACGUCGAACGGAGAAGGCUGGAGGCUGGUGAUGGAGGUCGUAGAGCGCACAGGCGGAAGGAACAAGGUCGGCCUAUUGUUGUGCAUGUCGGAGCGGGCACAAAAGCGUGCGGACGGUUGCUGCAGCGAGGCGGCAACCGCGAACCGAUUUCGUGACAGGGCCGUGACAGGCGGGCUGACGUGACUCGUCGCGGGCGGAGGGCGGUCAGCGUGACAGCCCUGAUUGGCUCGCAAGCCCGGCGUCUCCCUGCCAUACUCGGCUAAUUAAUCGCAAUCGUUGUCUUCGAUCGGAUCUGCCGAUUGUGGCAGGGCAUCCGCGGCGUCUGGCUUCUGCCUCCGUCCCAGAGCGCCGGUGCCGUGUGCAGGCGCCCUGCCUCGAUGGACAGCCCGCUGGCUGCGCGCAGGUCUAUAAAACACGGCUCUCCCGGCCUGGUUGGCCACCCCGUCCCGCCCCUCCGCCGUGUUCGACGACGCACCCGCCCUUGCCGUCGGACGUAACCUUUGCAACCCGCUACUCGCCAUGUUCGCCCAGUACUCGCCCCUCUUCACCUCUGGCCUUCGGCUUGCGGACAACUCACCGUCCUCGUCCCGGGCCCCGUCGCCCAAGCAGCGGACGCACAAGUCCAAGAAGCAGACGCACGACUCGCUCCCAAUCACGAUCUGGAGCGCGACCUUCAGCCUCUGUGACGGCGUCCCUGCCGACAGCGAGGAUGACGCACUGUUCCUCACGUUCAAGCCCAGCCGCCGCGAGAUCGAGGAAGGACGCUCCUUCCUCUCGCUCGACCUCGCGGACAGCCACCGCUCGAUGAGCCUACGCCGCAAGGAUACUGUCACCACCACCCAGGGGAGGUCGGUCCCUACCUCGCCUGUGAUCGCUAUACCCUCAUUGCCGUGAGUAUCUGCUCCAUCAACCCCAUUGUUUUAGCCCUGCCUUCUCCGCCUUCUGCGCAUACAUUGUGCCUCGCAUGCGGCUUCCUAACUUCCGCCGGGUGCUCUCUGGCCUUGGCGGGAAAUUGGGGCACAGCCUGUCG